AUGAUGGAAAUCGGUCAUUUUUGUUUCGAACGUCUGGUCAAUAUAUCAUAUCACAACAAGGUACAUGAAGUGUUAGCAGAAAAGUUCAAUGUUACGGGUUUGAAGAACGAAAGUCAAUAUGAGGCAAUGAUGUCGAUUUUGGACGGACGUUCGGAUGUGACACUAAACACUGUAGGUAGCGGUAAAUCGUUAUGCUAUUUGGUGCCAGCCAUGAUCCGGGCACCUAAAGUUACAUUGGUUUUUUGUCCCAGUGUUCGUCGAAUUGAGGGUCGAGUUAAACGUUUAGUAGAGUUAAACAUCCCUAAUCUAAUGAUUCAUUCAGAAAUGCCAGUUAAAGAUCAAAUUAAAGCUGUUGAAGAAUAUUUAUCGGAUAAUAAAAAAAUUGUUUUGAUCUAUAUGACUCCAGAUCUAGUUUUUUGUGAACAUUUCAAAAAAUUAACAGAUUUCCUAAAAUCAUCAAACUCUUUGGCAUAUUUAGUGCUCGAUGAAUCAUAUAAUGAACAUAAAUGGCAAUCAGGCGAGAAAAAAGAGUACCAAGAGCUAAGUAAACUUAGAUCUCCAGACCUUAACUGGGUUAUACUCACAGCUACAGAUCGUUAUGGUGUCUUGAAUCGUAUAAAAAAAAUACUGAGCUUCCGGACUUUUGACAUAGACUAUGAUCCAAGCACUGACUUAUGUAGACGGAAUACGUUCUAUGAUGUUAUAACUUACAAUGAUCCUGAAAUUACAAACGAGGAUUUAAAACAAUUUAUCGUCGAAACUUUGGGGGACGAUAACACUAAUUUUCCGUCUAACAAACCACGUGGAUUGAUAUUCUGUAGAACGGGAAGGAUGGCAGAUCAAAUUGCUAAAGCUCUUAAAUCAUUAGGUCUUUCGAUUGAUUCUUAUCAUCCAGAUUUACAAUUGUUGGCAAUAACUAGUAGUGUUGGGAAAAAAAUGAAAAAUUCGCGUUUAAGAUUAAUUAUACACUGGGGCUUACCACCUAGUAUUAAAACUUAUUACUCAGAGAGUGGUCUAGCCAGAGGAUAUAAUGGUACAUUGGCUAAAUGUCGGAUCUAUGUCACCAAUGAAGCAUUAUCGUACUACAAUGAAGAACGAGAAUCCGAUUUAAGGUCUUGUGUUAAUAAUGGUGCAGAUAAAACGUCGAACGUAAAUGCCAAAAAAAGAUUGAAUUUAUACUUGCAAACAAGCAAUAUGAAAGAUUACUGCAUGUAUACAAAGUGUAGACAUGAGUUUUUAAUUCGUCAUUUUGAUAGAAAAAUGUUGUGUUGUGAAUAUCGAUGUGAUUAUUGCAAAAAAAAUGAAAAAGAUAAUGAAUUUACUCGUUUGAUGAUUAGAUCGGCAAUUGAAAAUGAAGGUAUUCCAAAUUUUAUUGAUAAGUUUGGGGAUGAAGUUAAAUACCAAAUAACGUCAUCGAGUGAUCCAGAAGGUGCAUUGGACGCGAAAGUUAGAAGUACUCGCGACAUUGCCUUAGCUGUAGCAUCUUCUGAAAUCGCAGCUACACAGCUCGAGGGUGGUCGAACUGCCCAUGCUACCUUCAAACUAACACUCAAUCUAACAUCUUCGGUCACUUCCGUUUGA